AUGAAUCCCGGUAUCAUAUCUCAAGCAGAAGCUGAAACAUCAACAGAUCAAGAUGAUGAAGAAAAAUUGUAUUGUCCAGUUUGCCAAAUGUAUAGACCACCACGCUCCCAUCAUUGUAAAACAUGUGGUGUUUGUGUUGCAUUCAAAGAUCAUCAUUGCAAAUAUCUAAAUAAUUGCAUAGGUGCCAGAAAUUACAGAUCAUUCAUGAUAUUCCUCUUUUCUUCAUCUACGAACUUCUUCCUCCUUGCUUUCACUUCCGUUUACAUGCUAUUAAGCGUCAAAAAUACAAUUUUAUCAAUACUUACUUUAAUUGUCAUUUCGACUUCUUCACUUUUAUUUGUUUCGAUAGUGAAGCAAAUAAUUCCACAAAUUUCAUUCUUAUUUCAUAAUAUGACUUGGGUUGAAUCAACUAAGCUAAAAAUGCAAUACUCUCAACUCAUAAAUAAGAAUGUACCAUCCAAAUACGAUACAGGUUCAUUAUACGAAAAUUUGAAACAAAGACUUGGAUCAAAUCCUUUGUUAUGGGUAUUUCCGAUUCCUAAUACUACUAAGAUAAGUUCUUUCCCUAUUAACCCGAAUUACAUCCCAUGGAAUGAAUUUGACCUUGGAACAGAAGCAUCUAAUUCAAAUUCAAACAGACGUGCUAGAAACAGAUUUUUAUAUUAG